AUGUCCACCCUAGAGACCAGCCCAAACGACUGGGAAAAUCCGCACGUUGUUCAGCGGAACAAGCUCACUCCUCGCGCCUUCUUUCUGCCGGACACAUCUUUGUCCCUAAAUGGCCGUUGGGGAUUUCACUACGCUCUGUCUCCUCUCCUAGCACCCGAAGUUGACAGCGGUGGGAACAACGAACCUUCUGUUGACCCCAAAGAGUGGACGAGCAUCACAGUCCCGGGCCAUUGGCAACUCCAAGGCCACGGGCAACCCAAUUACACGAAUACCAUCUUCCCAUUCCCUUGUGACCCGCCGCGUGUGCCCAGCCAGAAUCCCACGGGUACAUAUUGCAGAUCAUUUGCCGUUCCAUCAGACUGGGAUCCCUCUGCACAACUACGUCUUCGAUUUGACGGCGUUGAUAGUGCGUAUCAUGUCUGGGUGAAUGGACACGAAGUGGGUUACGCACAGGGGAGUCGCAAUCCAGCAGAGUUCGACAUCACUAAAUCCGUUCACCGUGGUGACAAGAAUGAUUUGGUCGUGCGCGUGUAUCAAUGGUCGGAUGGUUCUUAUAUUGAGGACCAGGACCAGUGGUGGCUGUCAGGUAUCUUCCGAGACGUCACACUGCUUGCCUUUCCAUCGGUAGCUCGGAUUGAAGACUUUUUUGUGAAGACCGAGUUUGAUCAAUCAUACACAGAUGCCGUGCUGAACGUUACAGUCAGUAUGGCUGCCACGGAGUCAGUGCAGUUGGAGGUGGCAUUGCGCAAUCUGCGGGGCUCCCAAGAAACAAUCGGAUGUGAUAAGUUGUCUGUGAUUGAGAAUGGAACAGUCACCUUGACGAUUCCGGUAAAGAGCCCCAAGAAAUGGACCGCAGAAACACCAAAUCUUUAUGAUCUCCAGAUCACCUUAAGCUCUUCAUCCACCGGAGUUAAACCACUCCAAGAGAUCAACCACCGAGUUGGUUUCCGCCAGGUUGAGAUUAAAAACGGGAACAUUACUGUCAAUGGGACUGCCGUGCAAUUUCGCGGUGUAAACCGCCAUGAUCACCAUCCCCUCUUUGGUCGGGCUGUGCCUUUGUCCUUCCUCCGAGAAGACCUCCUCAUCAUGAAACGCCACAACAUUAAUUCAGUGCGGUGCUGUCACUAUCCAUCGCACCCCAAAUUGUAUGAGCUUUGUGAUGAGCUUGGCCUAUGGGUUAUGGAUGAAGCGGACCUAGAAUGCCACGGAUUCUAUGACGCAGUGGCACGUCCUCUCGAUAUCCCAGAGUCGAUGGACUAUGAGGAACGCAAGAAAUUGACCUUUGAAAAGGCUGCCCAAUUCACCUCCAACAACCCGGAGUGGAAGGAUGCAUACGUUGAUCGUGCGAUCCAAAUGGUCCAGCGGGACAAGAAUCAUGCUUGUAUCGUCAUCUGGUCCCUUGGAAAUGAGGCAUUCUAUGGUCAAAAUCACCAGGCCAUGUAUGAUUAUAUCAAGGCCACCGAUCCCAGCAGACCAGUACACUACGAGGGAGAUCCGGAGGCAAAGUCGGCCGACAUGUUCUCCUAUAUGUACCCAUCGGUGGAUAGAAUAAACAAAUUGGCUGUUGCGGAAGGCGACAACUUUGAGAAGCCGAUCGUGCUUUGCGAGUACGCUCAUGCCAUGGGCAACGCCCCUGGUGGUUUGGAAGAGUACAUGGAGGCAUUCCAAAAGCAUCGACGCCUGCAAGGCGGGUGGAUUUGGGAGUGGGCAAAUCAUGGUCUGUGGGAUGGAGAGCGCAACUUUUACGCUUAUGGUGGAGACUUUGAUGACUACCCUAACGACGGUACAUUCGUUAUGGACGGUCUUUGCUUCAGCAACCACACACCUACUCCUGGGUUAGUUGAAUUGCGCAAGGUCUAUUCACCUGUUCAUGCGUGGUACGCCGAUGGGAUAAUCUUCAUCGAAAACCGGUAUGACUUUGCCGGUAUCGAGAAUCUCCUUACAAUUUACCGUGUAGAGAUUUUGGGCUCCGAGUCCACUGUCAUUGCUAGUGGCAGUCUUCGUCUUCCCCCCAUCGAGGCCGGGAAGACUGGGCAGCUGAAAUUCAGCCCAGAUCUACCUGCCACCUCAGAAGGGGAGAUUUGGCUGACGGUUAGCUUCCAGAACACGCAGGAUACUCCCUGGGCUCCCAGCGGACAUGAAGUCGCUUGGUUUCAACACCAGCUGAAAACUCUCUCUGUGGGACCCUGUCAUUCUCCUAGCCUUCCAAUUCAGGUCGAGUCCAGUAGGGCUGCUCACACUGUGACUGGCUCGGAUUUCAGUCUCACUUUCUCGCGUUCCACUGGAGGCUUGAUUGACUGGAAGGUGAAGGGCCAUCAGCUUCUUGACCCCGACUCUAAAACGGGCAUGGCUCUAGUCCCGGGCUUCUGGCGUCCUCCUACCGACAAUGAUAUGUCCUGGGCCCUUGGCGAGCGGCGCCGGUACUCAGUGGAUGACAUGCGAGUACAGCUACGAAGCAUGAAUGUUACCCACAUCAACGAUAGAACCCUCCAGAUUACGACAGAGUCAUGGUUGGGCCCACCAGUCCUCGCAUGGGGCUUUGUGGCUACCACGACCUACACUAUCAGUGGUUACGGUAAUCUCGUCGUCUCCGUACAUCUCAAGCCUCAGGGUCCAAUGCCUGCAGAUCUUCCUCGUAUGGGCCUGGACCUGCGCCUCACUGACGCAUUCGACAAUGCCAAAUGGCUGGGUCUGGGUCCUGGAGAGUCCUAUGCAGACAAGAAACGCUCUCAAAAAUUGGGAAUCUAUAAGGCUACCACCGCACAGCUGCAUACCCCAUACGAAAUCCCUCAAGAAGGAGGAAACCGAUCUGAAACCCGCUGGCUACAACUCAGCGACAAUCGUGGCUGGGGUAUCAAAGUCUUCCGGAAUUCGGUGGAUACGGAUAAGGACACCGGUACUUCCUUCCAAUGGGUCGCUUCGCGGUACAGCGCUCAGCAGAUUGAGACUGCUAAGCAUCCUUGUGACCUUGUUCCUGGCAAGACAGUCCAUGUCCGGAUUGAUGCUGAGUGUAGUGGGGUGGGAACCGGUGCUUGUGGCCCGAGGACUUUGGAAAAGUACCUUGUGUCCUGCGAGGAGCGACAAUUCCAGUUUGAGUUUGCUCCUACUUUCAAGGAGGGCCAUUAA